GAAUUGAAAGUGUGCUUGUAUAAAGUUGUAAAAUUUCUGUAUCUAAGUAAAAAAGAAAAAUUGCUGAAUUUUAUUCACUGAAAAAGAUUUAAAUAAUAUACUGAAAAAAAUGUCGAGUUUGCCAAUUCUUUUGAAUUUGAUUGACGAAUUAGACCGUGAAACUUACAAUCCAUUGUACUACGGUAACGACUUCGGAUUGGGAUUACAUCCGCACCACAUUCACCGCCAUCAUCAUCGUCAUGAACCUGCUGCUACCAAUAUUGUUGGUUAUACGCUGCCACUAGGCUUAGUAAAUCGUUCAGGUGAACGACCACUGGGCCGACGAGCUAUUCAGAGCGAAGGGAAAUUGUCUCCAAUUGGCAAAGAUGGAUUGCAAGUGUGUAUGGAUGUGGCGCAAUUCAAACCGAGUGAACUGACUGUAAAAGUACUCGACAACAGCAUUGUAGUAGAGGGUAAGCACGAAGAGCGGGCGGAUGAGCAUGGAUAUAUUUCACGACAUUUCGUGCGUCGGUAUACACUACCAAAGGACUAUGACGCGGAUAAAGUAGUUUCAACACUGUCAUCGGAUGGUGUUCUAACAGUUACCGCACCCAAGCCACAGGAAGAAAAGUCUAACGAACGUGUGGUACAAAUUCAACAGACUGGUCCGGCUCAUUUGAAUGUUAAGCAGAAUAAGGAGGAGAAGAUCGGAGAUUCCAAUGGAGAUGCUGAACUGAAGUAAACCUUUGUUCGAUGGAGCUAGGAAUAUUAUCUAUUUAAGUCAUUCCAUAUGUUUUAAUUCAUUUAAUUUUAAGCACCUACGUGUGUUUCACACUUAAAAUAUUUCCAUAAUUAUUCUUAGUUUGUGAAUUUAGUUGUAUUUGAUGUUACAGAUAAAUACGGACACCAUUAACGUCAUUUAAUUAGUUUCUAUAUUCAAACAUGUAAUGUUUCUUUAAUUUAUUGAAGUACAUAUGUAUGUAAUGAAGAAUAAAUUCUUAGAAUUAGUAGUGAUAAU